AUGUGUUUGUUUGUUGUUGUAUUAUGUGUAUGUAAAGGGAUACAAUUACACACACAGACAGUCACAGUCACAAAGGCAAAGACACACAUACAUAGUGUACAGACAGACAGACAGCCAGAUGAGGAGGGUGUGAUGGUUGGUGGAUGUUGA